CGCUACGGCGUGUCGCUGGGCUUCCGUGUGUAGUUACCAUAGUAACAGUCCCUGCUUUACAGACGAGCGUUCAGAACCAAAGCGCAGCAGCCAUGAGUGCAGAUGCACUUUUCUCCCUUCAAAGCCAGUCCACCUCCGUUGACUACAGUGGGAAGGUUCCUGUGGAGCACCUGGACUAUGAUUACAUUAAAAAAUGCAAAGAUGUGAAAUACCUGGAGAAGAUCUUGAGACUACUGAGGUCUGGCGAUGAGGGUAUUUAUCCUCAUUUGAUCAAGUUCUGUGAGAGUCACCUGGAGAAACUGGACCCUAGGAGCCGAGCUCUCAGGAAGGAAAACCCUGUGGCCACAGCAGCCAGCAUCCCUGUAGAGGAGUGGAGCCAUAUUGUUGAUGAGUUGAAGACUUGGGAAGAAGAAACCAGAAAGAUAGAGAAUUUGCUAGAACAGCAGCCAAUGUUUGAUGAUUGUGUGAAAGAAAAUAUGCCACCUAUAAGAGGGUCAAAGUGCUCUGUUCCACUUAUCCAGAAUUCAGAUCCAAAAGAAAAGAGGAAUCCCUCAAAACGUGCUCUCCCACGAGAUUAUCAAGAAUGGGACAAGUUUGACGUGGACAAAGAAUGUGAAAGAAUUGAUGGGAACAUUGUGAGAAAUGAUCAACCUGCCAAAGUCAGGACUAAAGUGGAUACCUCAUUGCUGACACAACAGGAGAAGCUCAUCCUGGCAAACCGUGAAAAGGACAAAGGCAAUGAAGCAUUCAGAGCAAACGAUUAUGAGGAGGCAGUAACAUACUAUUCCAGGAGUCUUUCCAUUAUGUCAACUGUGGCUGCGUACAACAACAGAGCCCAAGCAGAAAUCAAUCUCAAGCACUGGAACAAUGCCAUGAAGGACAGCCAGAGAGUACUGGAACUGGAACCAGGCAACAUGAAAGCCCUGCUACGUCGUGCCACUGUCCAUAAGCACGUGGGCAACUUCCAAAUGGCUGCGGAAGAUCUGAGGAUGGUGCUGAGGGAAGAGCCGCACAAUGCUGCAGCUACUCAACUUCUGUCUGAAACUGAGAAGAGGAUGAGAGAAACUCAACCAGGACAGCAAAGCAAAGGCAAAAAAAUCCUCAUCCAAGAAGUGGAAGAGGAUGAGGAAGAGGACAACAGUAACAAUGAGCCAAAAGCAGAGCAGACGGCUUGUCCGGUUGAACACAGCCAGCUUGUGGGAGGGGAGGAGAGCUCAGCUGCUCCUGUCGAAAGGGGAGACAUGGGUAACGCGCAAAAGAAGCCCCACAGCAGAGGGGACGGGGGUCCACAAAGCGAGUCCAGCAACUCCCACCACGGACACUGGAGGAGCAAGGGAGGCAGCUCAGACAAGUACAAAGUCACGCAGGAGUCCAAGGAAAAGGUAGUCAAUGGAACGGGCAAGAGGGGCUCGACAGCUUCGUUCCAGGCUGACCAAAGCAGCAGCAGCAGCAAGGGAAAUACUGUUGGAGGAAAUGCAGGAGAAACUGUCAACCUUGAUGCCCCAUGUGGAGCCCUGCCCCUGCCUCUGGCCCGGCUAAAGAAUGAAGGGAACCUGCUGUUUAAAAACGGACAGUUUGCCGAUGCACUGGAGAAAUACUCACAAGCUAUUCAAGGCUACACAGAGUCAGGGAUUGAUAGUCCAGAGGAUCUAUGUAUUCUGUAUUCUAACAGAGCAGCUUGCUACCUGAAAGAUGGCAACAGUCAAGACUGCAUACAGGACUGCACAAAAGCCCUGGAGCUGCAGCCAUUCUCUCUCAAGCCCCUCCUGCGCCGGGCCAUGGCUUAUGAGUCUCUGGAGCGCUACCGUAAGGCCUACGUGGAUUAUAAGACUGUCCUGCAGAUAGACAUCAGCGUGCAAGCAGCACAUGACAGUGUCAACAGGAUCACCCGGAUGCUGAUUGAUCAGGAUGGUUCUGAGUGGAGAGAGAAGCUUCCGGACAUUCCCCUGGUGCCUCUGUCAGCUCAGCAGCACCGCAGAGAGGAGCCACCCAGCGCUGAGGUCCUCCAGGCUCGAGCGGAGAAGGCCGCCAGGGAUGCUGAAAGGAAAGCAGAAGUCCGUUUUACAGCUUUGAAGCAAGAAGGGAAUGAGUUUGUGAAGAAGGGCCAAUACCAGGAUGCUCUGGGAAAGUAUACUGAAUGCCUUAAGCUAAAGCCAGAAGAGUGUGCUAUCUACACCAACAGAGCCCUGUGCUACUUGAAGCUGGAAAGGUUUACUGACGCCAAGCAGGACUGUGAUGCAGCACUGAAACUGGAGCCAACCAAUAAGAAGGCCUUCUACAGACGAGCACUGGCCAAUAAAGGCCUCAAGGACUACCUGGCGUGCAGCUCUGACCUGCAGGAGGUGCUGCAGCAGGACCCUAAUGUGCAGGAGGCUGAGAAGGAGCUGGAGGAGGUCACAGUGCUGCUCAGACAGAGUCUGGCCAACGCCUCACCAGUCAAAACCAGGAAGAUCGUCCCCAUCACAGAGGUGGAGGGUGACGAGGAAACGUCAGCCGUUCCUAACCCAGACAGCAGCUGCAGAGAGGAUGUCACCAUCAACCUCCAGCCGACCAACGCAUACGAGUUCGGCCAAGCAUUAAACCUAGCUCACAGCAGCGGGAACAUGGUGGCCUGCGCUGAGCUGCUGGCCUCCACAACUCCAGAGAUGCUUCCACAGUUCCUCAGCACUCAGCUAGACGGACACACGCUCAGUUUCAUCAUGCAAGCACUGGACUCCCACCUCCUGGAGAAAGACCCCAACCAGGUCUACAAACACCUCAACCAUCUGCACACUGCUGACAGGUUCUCGGUUGUACUGAUGCUGCUGGAGAAGGACGAGCGUCGCCACAUGACUCAGCUGUUCGAGCAUCUGUCAGCUGUAGAGAGCACAGAGUUCACAAAGAACGAUGUUCAGAACCUGGCCAACAAAUACAUCUGACCCUCCUGUCCCUGCUCCCUGCUGCAUGAGCUGCUGCACCACUACAACUCUUGGAUCUAUGCAAAACACUGCACAAGAACUGAGAACACAAAGGCAGGAAGCUGCAGAAUGUGCCCCAGAGCAAUACAAUGGAACUGAGUCACAUUCACUUUACUGGUCUGUGCUGUAAAUGAUCUGACACUGUAUGUUUGACUGACUGUAUAAGGAAUAUAUUUUUCUCUCCAGAACAUUUUGCUAUGCAGAUUUACUUUUCUACCACCACUAAACAUUUGCAUUGUACAACAGGCAGACAAUUGGGUACUAUGGACCUAUCACUUUAGUGUAUUGAUAAGUAGGGUCCAAUGUACAUUGUUACAUAAGCCUACAGGCAAGUGUUUCCCCUACAGGCAGUUUUGUUUGCUCAGGACGGGCUUGUACUCCCCGCACUGAGCUCAGUUCUUCUGGUCCUUGAACCCUGUCAGUCCUUUGAUAGUAGUCAUUUGAUAAAUGAGCUGCUGUCAGAGCUACUCGGCGAACACCAGCCAAGAUCAGAAAUUAUAUUCAGUGCAUGCUGAAUAUUAACUAGGAAAGGAGCAAGUGAUGUAAUUUGCUACUCAGCUACUCAGUCCUUACUGCGGGACAAAACCAUAAGAUAAAGUUACAGUUUUAUUAUGACUGUAUGUACUGAAUUAUCUUCAUGGAAGACAUAGGCCUGCAUGAUAUUAUUGCUGUUCUGUGCAGUAUGAUAACAGUUGUCUGUUGAACUGAUAUCUACUGACAGUGUUGUAGGAGAAAAUAUCAUUUGUAACCUUAUAUGACUCAGAUGCUUUUUUUGUUUUUCAGCUAUGCAAUUAGAUCUGCAUUCUAAUGUAAACUCACUCUUAAA